AUGAACCGCAACACUCCAUUUUCGUCCCCCUUGAUCUCACCCGAUGAGCUUCAUCGUGCUCUGACGACCCCCCAAAAUCUCCGCAUCAUUCUCAUAGCGGCCGGGAGGCAAUCUGCCCUUCAAUCUUAUGAAUCUAAACAUAUACCAGGCUCUGUGUUUUUCAACAUGGACGUAGCCAGAGAUGCCGGCGCUAAAUACCCGUUGAUGCUGCCAACGCCUAGGCAGUUCUCCGACUAUACGCACGAGCUGAACAUCCGUUCUGAUGAUGUUUUGGUAGUAUAUGAUACUUUUGAAACAGGCCUUUACUUUGCUCCGCGCGUUGCAUGGGCCUGUCAGCAUUUCGGCCACAAAGAAGUUUACGUGUUGAAUAACUUUGCUCGAUACGUGCAGGGUGGAUUUCCAGUCUCAAAUGGACCCUUAUUACUUCCGGAAAGGCUCUCAACAUCAGUAGAAUACCCUGAAACUUCAUCUAUCAACAUGAAAGAAGUGGUGUCCUUCGAUGAAAUGUGCGAUAUCAUCAAUAAUCAAGGCCUCGAAGAGAGAUACCAGAUUAUCGACGCGCGACCAGCUGAUCGGUUUUCGGGGAGCUAUAAGGGUCCGGACGGACCACUUCCUUCUGGCCAUAUGCCGAAUUCAAUCAACAUCCCGUUUUCUUCAAUUUUGAGUCCGGAAAAGGCCAUAUUACCACCAACGGAUCUCAAGGCGCUCUUCGCCAUGGCUGGUGUGCAGGAACAUAUACCAAUUGUCUUGUCUUGCAAUUCUGGAACCACUGCUACUGGCAUUUAUUGGGCGCUACGUACAUGUGGAAUAGAAGUGGAAACCAGACUUUACGAUGGAAGCUGGUUCGAAUGGGUAGACAAAGCAGAUGAGGGUAUGAUCGUGAUAGAGUGA